AUGUCAUCCAACAACACCUCGGCCAGUGUCUCCAUCGAUAAGUUCGAUGGGGACAACUACUCAACCUGGUGUCGCUACAUGCGCGGCGUGUUUCUGACGAAGUCAGUCUGGUACGUCGUGAACCGCGAAACGUCUCCAACCUUCACCGACACGCGAGCUUCCGACGAGUACGUCAAGGCGAGCAACAUCGCGUUCGGGUUGAUGUUGCUCCACAUGGACGCCGACUACCACCAUGUGGUCGACAACUGUGAAGAAGCAUGGACAGCGUGGUCGCGGUUGAAGAUGCUCUAUGGUGGGUCGCAGAAGGCGGGACGCAUCUACCUCAAGCGCCAGCUAUUCAGCAUCAAGAUGGCGGAAGGUGCCAACGUCUUGCACCAUUGCAACGAAGUCUUGAACAUCGGCGCCAAGCUCAGCAGCAUCGGUGCCAAGAUGGAAGACGAAGACAUUGCGAUCUGCUUGCUGCUCAGUCUCCCGAAGAGUUUCGAGAACGUGGUUCUGAACUUGGAGAUGAGCAAUGCAGAGCUGCGCACGCAAGAUGUGGUCAAGGUGCUGACUAACGAGCACAUCAAGCGACAAGGCGAGAAGAUGACAACGGCAACGACAACGGUGAAGACUGAAGAUGCGACAAAGGCAUUCAGUACCGAGCGCAAACCCUACCAAUGCACAUACUGCGGCAAGGUGGGGCACACGGCAGAGCGUUGCUGGACGAAGCAAAAGGAUGAAAGUCGAGGAGCCCAACGCGGCGGCAAUGGUCGUGGACGCGGGGCAAACAAUGUCCAGUGGCGACAUUAUGAUGAAGGCAACAGCUACGAUCGAGUGGCGUUUGCAGUUUCGUUCGAAUGCGGAGUUUCGACGAACAAGAAUGGACCAGGAAUGUGGGCCGUUGACAGCGGGGCAACACAUCACAUCUGCCACGACAAGUUCAAGUUUGCAAGCUUGGUCGAAGGCAAUGAUGGCGAGAUCCUGGUGGCUGAUGGCAACAAGGCGGCCAUCAAAGGUGUGGGGACCAUCGUGGAAAAGGUGAUUCUGCCAAACGGGGAAGAGCGCGAGAUCGAGAUCAAGAACGCGCUCUAUGUGCCCAGCAUGAGCAAAAAUCUGCUCUCGGUGCCGCAGAUUAACAAGCACGGCAACUUCCAAGUGGUGUUUGACGGGGGAUACGAUCGAUCGGCCAAUGCGACAUCACUCAGCAACGCUGUUGAUCUACAUGCGCGAAUGGGCCAUGCUCCAGUCGACGUGCUUCGCAGGAUGGUGAAAAGCCACAUGAUCAAGGACGCUCACAUCCCUUCCAAGCCGAAUGGAUCAAGUGUGUGUCGAGGAUGCCAAGAAGGGAAGAUGGUCCAAAAACCAUUCCCGAGCAACCGUGACAAGCGCACCUACAACACCUUCGAGAUGCUCCACUUCGACAUCUGCGGACCCAUGGAAGAAAAAUCUCUGGGUGGCAGCAAGUAUCUGCUGCUGAUCGUGGAUGAAGCCAGCGGAUGCAUGAAGGGUUUUUGUCUGCAUUCCAAGUCAGAGAGCGAAGAGUGCAUCAAGAAGUACAUCACGAUGAUACAGACGCAGUUCAACAAGAAGGUCAAAUUUGUGCGACACGAUGGAGCCCGCGAGUUUGCGACGAACUCGCUUCAAGAUUUCUACGAAGUCGAAGGCAUCGAGCAACAAACCACGGUGCCAUACGCACAUCAAGCCAAUGGAACUGCUGAACGCGCGAUUCGAACUAUCGUCACCAUCGGUCGUAGCAUGCUCCAUCAUGCCAAGUUGGACAAGUGCUUCUGGGCUGAAGCGGCAAUGACGGCCGUCUAUGUGAAGAACCGUUUGCCGUCACCCAAGAUUCCACACAAGACACCGUUCGAGAUUGUCUACAAUUCUAAGCCAAGUGUCAAGCACAUGCGCGUUUUUGGGUGCCAAGCAUACAUCUUGACCCCGAAGGAGAAACGACUCAAGUGGGAUCCCAAGGCCCGGGCUGGAUUGUUUUUGGGCUACGAAGAAGUGUCCAAGGCGUAUCGAGUUUACGACAUCGAAGCGGGGCAGGUGAUGAUAAGUCGCGAUGUCAACUUCGAUGAGUCGGCCUUUGGAAUGUCGAUGCUGAUUUCCGAUGACGAUGUUGAUGGCCUGGACUUCGAAUCGAUCGAUCUUGAUGAUGAAGAACCGCGUCCGAGACACUUCAAACAAACAGGAAAGCGCAAGGCCCAACCCAGUCACGACAAUGACGACGCAAGCAUGCCCCGAGCAGUGCGCCAACGACCCGGAUUGGAAGAGUCAAGUGCGCCGGAUGACCUCUCUUCACGUCGAGCCAACGAAGAUGAAGAAAGGAAGUCGGAGGAACAACAUGACACACCGACUUCCUCCGCGUUUUGGCAUGCGAGUGCAAACGCCGUCGAAGCAGCGGUCGAUUUUUCGGAGCCGUCGACAUUUGAAGAAGCAGUGUCUGGCCCGGACCAAGUACACUGGCGCAAGGCAAUUGAUGCGGAGCUCGAUUCGAUGAAGCUUCGCGGUGUCUUUCGUGCGGCCAAGUUACCCAACGGACAAAGCGCCAUUGGCACAAAGUGGGUCUUCAAGAUCAAGCGCAAGGCGGAUGGGUCGAUCGAGAAAUACAAGGCACGACUUGUGGCCAAGGGUUUUCGCCAAAAGUAUGGCAUCGACUACACGGAGACGUUCUCGCCCGUGGUCAAGUAUCUCGAUGUGGUGACUGCGUUCCUGUAUGGAGUGAUGAAGGAGAAGGUGUUCUGCGCUGUUCCGGAAGGCGUCAAGAUGGAAGGUGAUUUCGACUGUCUCGAGCUGAUCAAGGCGAUCUACGGUCUCAAGCAAGCCUCGCGUGUUUGGAACGAGACCUUCGACGAGUUCAUACGCUCGAUUGGUUUUCAAGCGUCGGGAUUCGAUCCAUGUCUCUACAUCAUGACUUCGGAAGGCCAUUGUGUUUUUGUGCUGGUCUACGUGGACGAUGUCUUGGUGACUGGAAGCUCGCUCGAGAUGAUUGCGCGCACCAAGAACGACCUCAAGACACGCUUCGAGAUGACGGACAGCGGCAAGUGUGCCUUUGUUCUUGGGAUCGAGUUAUUGGACGGUGAAGAUGGCAGCGUGACUAUGUGUCAGCGCCGUUAUGUCGACGAUGUCCUCAAGCGCUUUGGAAUGGAUGAGUGCAAGGCUGUGGCAAGUCCGGUGGACGUCAGCUCUCGACUGGUUCCAAGCAACUCUGCAAGCAAGGUGGAUGUCCCAUUCCGUGAAGCAGUGGGUGCUUUGAUGCAUCUGACGACUGCAACGCGACCGGACAUCGCCUAUGCUGUAAGCUUUGUGUCACGGUUCAUGGAGAAACCCCAAGAAGAACACUGGGUUGCAGUCAAGCGCAUCUUCCGCUACCUACAAGGCACCAAGAUGCAUGGAAUCUGCUACAAGCCAAGUGCGAAGAUCGACUUUCGUGGCUAUUCAGAUGCAGACUGGGCCGGUGACCUUGCUGAUCGCAAAUCGACGUCCGGCUACGUCUUCAUGCUAUUGGGUGCUCCGGUGAGUUGGGGCAGCAAGAAACAGCCAAGUGUGUCACUGUCUACAAGCGAAGCGGAGUACAUCGCGCUCAGCCUGGCGAUCCAAGAAGGCAAGUGGAUCAAUCGCUUGCUGUGCGAGAUCAUGGCGGCUGCAAACGAAGAAGGACCCGAGCUCGUCAUCCGUGAAGACAACCAGUCGUGCAUCAAGAUGACGAAGAAUCCGGUCAACCACGGCCGCGCUAAACACAUCGACAUCAAGUACCAUCACAUCCGUGAUGAAGUCAAGCGCGGCGAAGUGAAGCUUGAAUACUGCGAGACGACGUUGAUGUUGGCGGACAUCAUGACGAAGGGACUUCACGGACCGCGUCACAAGGACUUGACGGCGGCGCUUGGCAUCCGUGCGUGUUCGGAUUGA